GUCCACCGUGUUACAGUGGGUGGCUGAAGAAAAACGCAAGGUGCUCACACAGAGAACAAAGAAAAGAGAGAGAAAAAAAGAAACGAAAGAAAGUGCGGUGGUGAAGCAUAUCAGAGAAUGGCGGCUACUGUGUCUGCGUGGUCAAAGCCCGGCGCGUGGGCCAUCGAUUCCGAGGAACACGAGGCUGAACUCCUUCAACAGAACCCAAUCCAAGAGACCACCAAACCUCUCGCCGACUUCCCCUCCCUCGCCGUCGCCGCCGCCACAAAGCCCAAGAAGAAGAAGGCCCAGACCUACUCCCUCGCAGAGUUCACUGCCAAGCCCGACACCUCCUUCGCCGACCAAGAUCCCGUCGUCCUCCCCACCGGCCCGCGCCAGCGCACCGCCGAGGAGCUCGACCGCACCCGUCUAGGUGGAGGCUUCCGGUCCUACGGUGACCGCCCUAACAGGAAUUCCUCGGGAGACGACUCGUCGAAUUCGCGUUGGGGUUCAUCUAGGGUUUCUGACGAGCCCAGGAGAAACGGUUCCUUUGGGGCUAGGGAUUCCAAUCGCGAGCUUCCCCCUUCUCGCGCUGACGAGACUGAUAAUUGGGCGGCGGCAAAGAAACCCUCGGGAGGGUUUGAGAGGAGGGAGAGGGAUAAGGGAGGGUUCUUCGAUUCGCAGUCGCGCGCUGACGAAUCGGACAGCUGGGUUUCGAAUAAGAGCUUUGUGCCGUCGGAGCGGCGAUUCGGCUCCAACGGUGGAGGGUUUGAGAGAGAGAGGAGGGUUGUUGGGUUUGGCUCCAGCGGCGGCGCUGAUUCAAAUGACUGGAACAAGAAGAAGGGCGAAACAAACGUUGGUAGCGAGAGUGUCGGUGUCGGUGCCGGUGCUGGUGCUGGUGCUGGUGCUGGUGGAGGCAGACCAAGGCUUGUUCUGCAACCUCGGUCUCUGUCGGUGAGCAAUGAAGGACAGGAUGCGAAUGUGGGGAAGCCAAAAGGGGUUAAUCCGUUCGGAGAAGCAAGGCCAAGGGAGCAGGUUUUGGCGGAGAAAGGGCAAGAUUGGAAAAAGAUUGAUGAACAGCUUGAGAGCAUGAAGAUUAAGGAGACAGGUGCAGGUGAUUCCUUUGUGAAAAGGGGUUUUGGGUCUCCCAAUGGUGGAGGACGAGCUGCUUUGCCUGAAAGUCGCACUGAGAGGAGUUGGAGGAAGCCCGCAUCUGAUGAUGAACGUCCUAAAAGUGCUGAAAAAGUUGAAGAUAAAGCCGUUGAAGAAAAUUGAAGAUCUAUCAAAUACUUUUGGUCUCUCCAGCAGAUUGAUCGACAAGAGAGUUGGAUAUCAAAAACUUAUUUUUUUGUUUCCCAUUGAAGUUUUGUCCGUCCUCCUAUCUUAUGUUUUAUUGUGAAAUUAAUACUGAAACAGUGAAGUGACAUUUUUGGUAGAAGUGUUGGUAGCUUAGGCAGUGUUUUUAUGAAAUAUGUUUGCCAGAAAAUGUUGCCGUAAUAUUCCCUCUAUAUCAUUCGUAAUCUAUAUAAGCUUGGUGGUGAAUUUCGGUUUA